AUGUAUCUAAACAUACAAAAAUUGAGAGGAGAAAUGAAUAUUUAAGUCUAAAUGCAUACACCAAGCUUUGCUUUUAAAUGUUCUUCACUAUCUUUCUAUCUAUCUUUUAUAGAUGCAGAUUCUCUAGCAACACUCCACUAUCCAACAAUACAGCCCAAUUAAUAAAAUGAAAAGAAUGGAAAUCUUCUGUGUUUCUCAAGCUUCAACUGCAAUAUCCAUGAGCAUGGAUCAACCCUCCUCCUCCUGCUCCUCCUCCUCCUCCAUUCAACUCGGCGGCCGGAACAUCGACCGCCACAACCCGAUAAUCAGAGACCAAAAAAGAACACCAAGAACCCUUCAACUAGCCCCCCCUUGUACCUCUCAAACACUCCCCAUUAAUCCUCAACCCUACCAUUUACUUCACAACAGCACAAAAACAAGCAACAAAGAAAAUGAUCAUACCAAGAACAAGAAGAACAAGAACAAGAAGAAGAAUAUUAGCUCUAAAAAGCUACAAAAUGAUGUUCUUGUGGUUCAGAAAAACCCUGUUGGUGGUGGUGAUGGUGAUGAUGAUAAGAAAAAAAAGAAGGGUAUAAUUUGCUCUAGUGCUAAAGAUGAGGUGGUUUUUCAGACAAAAAGGUGGGCUCAGGGUGAUUUGGUCACACCUGCAGGAUCAACUAGAUAUUUAUUGGGUGAUAAUAGUAAUAAAGAUUUUGAUCUCAUUGAUGGGUUUAAUGAUCCUGUUUUAGCAUUGGUUUCUGCUACUAAUUCCAACAGAUUUGCUCAUCAACAACAGUCUACUUCUUCAAACCCAGUUUCUAGUUCCAUCUCACAAGAAAAGCCUUCCAACCAGGUAGUGGUUUUGAGAGUGUCACUACACUGCAGGGGAUGUGAAGGAAAAGUUAGAAAACAUAUCUCCAGAAUGGAAGGUGUGAGCUCCUUCAACAUAGAUUUUGCAGCAAAGAAGGUGACCAUAGUUGGAAAUGUGACACCAUUGGGAGUGUUGGCUAGUGUUUCCAAGGUUAAAACGGCGCAGUUUUGGACUUCUGCUACAACCCCAGCCCCUGCACUACCCUCACAGCUCCACAAAUAAUUAAUUGUUUUUGAGAUCAUUAUGCCUGCAAUUUAAUGUGAAUUUCAUACUACUUUAUUUACUGUAAAUUCAGUAUUUAUUAAUUAGGUGGGACACAUUUUAUAUUUCAUAAAAAUUGGUUAGAAAUUGGACAAAAAAUCAGUAAACUGUGAGGUCAUAUUUUGGCUGUUUUUGCCAGUUUUA